GCACGCGAUUGGGAAGGAAAUGAAGAUGCCAAGUACCAAUUCCGCUGCCAAAGGGAGGUCCGCUUCAAACUCCGAGUUUCAUACAUCACUCCUCACCGAGUCAAUACGCUCCAACUGCUCUCCUUUAUUAAAACAACAAAACCGUUGCAUUCAUUGAAACCUAUUAUAUACAUCCAAACAUCACAAAAAUUACCAUCAAUAUUUAACACCUACCAUCAAGAAUUGAAUAAAAGUAUGGAAGAGAGGAAUAAGAGCUCCAAUGGGAAGAAGAACAAGUCACAGCGCCUAGGCUUUACUGUUGGGGGUGGCGAUGGUGUAGGAGGGAUUGUUUUGUUGGGUGGAGGUUUAGCUGUUGCAGGUUUGAUCACAGCUUUUUCAAUCAUCAAGAACAGCAAUAGGAAGAAGUAUGAUGGCUCCGCCAAUCCUUCCAACAAAAAACAGGAUGCUACACAAGGCGUCAGUUAUUUUCUUCAAACUCCAUCAACUACUUUGCAACAGAAUCAGAAUUCAUGCAUCACAAGCCAUGAAACAUCAAAGAUUGCCGUCACUCUAAGUCAUUCUGAUUCUCCGGAGAGACUCUCUAUCCACAGUUUGGCCUUGGGAGAUCAAGCUGUGCCGAUAUCGGAUGGAGAUAAAGAGAACCCUAGCAAUUUUCAUUCAGAGAACCUUUCUAAUUUUAGCGCUAAAGAGUUUUCAUUGCCAGCGCCUGAUGGCUCCUCUUUGGCUAAAUCAGAGGAAAUGAUCAAGAAUGAAUCUGGUGAGAAGAAAACCGUUGAAGUAAAGAAAGAGGAUGGUGAAUUAGAAACGAGAAAUUUGGCGGUAGAAGAAAAUUUACCUAUUCAAUUAGCUCAAGAAGAAGAAGGAGAAGGUGAUGAAGAACAAGGCGAAGAAGAAAAUGAUGAUGGCAAGAGUAGUGAAGAUGUCACAGAGGACGAGGAAGAGGUAGAGAGCUGGGAAGAAGAAUCUUCAUUGGAGGAACAUUCACCAAUACAAUCAGUUGAAGAAGAAGAAAAAGAAGAUGGUGCUGGUGAUGGGGAAAAGGAAGGCCUUAUGAUGAAAGAGGGAGAGAGCUCAUCAGAUGAAUGGUCAGUAGAAGACGAAGGAAAGAGAGAGAAUGAGUCGGGGGAAAUGAGAAAAUUGGCAGUAGAACAAAAUUUACCCACCCAAUCAGUUGAAGAGGAAGAAAGCGAUGAUUGUAGCAAACAUAACAUAGAGGAGGAAAAGGGCUUAGAAGGAAAAUUUUUGGUAGGGGAAAAUGCAGCAAUAAAAUCAGCUGAAAAAGAAAGAGAAGACAGCCACGACAACAAUGAUGAGGAUAGUGCUGAAGAACAUGUGAUGGAGAAAGACGAAGAGAGCUCAGAAGGAACUGUAAGCUCUUCCAAUGAAUCUAACGUUGAGGCAAUAUGGCCAGCAGAGAUAAUAGAGGCCUUGUCACAAGAACUCAAAGAAAUGAAUGCCAUCAACAAAAAUUCAGGGGAGAAGACAGCCAACAAAACAGAGAAGUACGAUUUCUUAGACUGCAAAAUCAAGCAUGAAGACAAAGGCAAUAAGGAAACUACUGAAAACACAGCAAACGUAUUUCACCAGAAACCAGCUCAGUUGGUCGCCAUGAUUAAUGAUCUAACAGUGAACGAUCUGAACCGGCGAAUUUGGGUUUGGUCAAUUUUGGUGUUACUGUUGCUGCUGCUACUUUUGCACAUUCAUCGCACACCUGCCGCCGCCGAACUAGUUUGUCACGAUCCUGUCAUGGUUCUACCACGGGUUGAAUAAUUUGCCACCGUCAAAAAUUGAAUUUUCCAUAAGUUGAUGAAUGGUAAUCAAAUAAAGGUUUUGAUUCAUAUACCAACUGCUGUAAAUAAAUGUAAACUCGUAUGGCCAUUAAUUUAUACAUAGAUGUGGCUGAUGGAACCAUAUGAUUAAAACAUA